CUGUAUGGCUCCGAUGAGGAACCGUAUGGAAACGCCGAGAGUUGUUAGCAACGGGUGGCCAGCCGUCUAUAAGGGUACUACGACUACUGAUGUUUUCUCGAUGAAGGAAGCGGGAACGGGGUUAUUUUGGUCGCUGUAAUAUAUUACAUAAGUACGCAAUGGCGACAAAUAACCCAUCCGUGUUUCUUGUAAUGAUAAACGGGCAAAUAGAAGGAGCAAACUUUCCAGAAUAUGACGAUCUUUACUGCAAAUACUGUUUUGUGUACGGGAACGACUGGGCCCCCACCUCGGGUCUAGAAGAAGGAAUCUCCCAAAUCGCCUGCCGGGGCCAGGGGACCCAACCCGCCUUGGUGUGGAACUUCCCCUUGGAGAUCACCUUCAAGAGCACAAACCCAUUUGGCUGGCCUCAGAUCGCGGUGAGCGUCUAUGGCCCCGACACCUUCGGGAAUGACGUGGUUCGAGGCUACGGGGCCGUGCACGUCCCCCUCACCCCUGGCAAGCAUGUAAGAACUGUCCCCAUGUUUGUUCCUGAAUCUACUUCCAGACUACAGAAAUUCACAAGCUGGUUGAUGGGACGGCGUCCAGAGUUCACUGACCCCAAAGUGGUUGCUCAGGGAGAAGGGAGGGAAGUGACCCGGGUGCGGUCUCAAGGCACGGUCACCAUCUCCUUUAACAUCGUCACCAAAGACAUGAAGAAGCUGGGCUACGACGCCACCCCUUCAGAAGCUCUGUCUGCCGCAGAAGCCCGCACUCCAAGCCUGGCCCACCCCCUGUGACCGAUCCCCCCGCCCCAGCCUGGAAGAGCUGGAGGAGUCUCUGCUGUUUUCACGGUCAUGAAACGCUCAGCUCCCAUGGACCACACACCCGUACCCAGCCUCAACGAGGUCAUAAACCACCAACCUCCACGGAUCACGAAGGGACCCCUGCCACAGUUCCCGUUGUCGAGGGCAGAAAGAUUCAGAAGCCCAGUGUUUGCGGGCUGUAACCUUUGCUUGUAUAAUGGAUGCAGAAUUUCUACAUUUCAUGCAUUUAUAAUAAAACUUCCUUUUCUAUGCAAGUUAUAUGCUCACCUGUGUAAGGUACAGCCCCCAGAGCACCAUGGGAACUGAUAACAUCGAUUUAGUUGGGCAGCUCCAUGCUGACAACACCAACACCAUGUCUGUAAGUACAAGCUCAAGUGAUAGUUUAUUUUUUACUGUUGCAGCUACAGGUCCUUAAGUCACUUGCUGCUGUUUAGAUGGCGUUAAAACAUCACAUUACUCAUGUGACCUUCCUACAAAACCAUUACACAGAACAAUAUGUUACAAUAAUACAAAUGAUAAAUUAUAUUAUACAGUUAUAAUGCCAAACAAGUUGAGCACAUAUCCAUAAAAAGCAGCCUGCUCCCAGUAAUAUGAAACAGUCGGUAAAUAUACAGACACGGUAACAUGGAAAAAAAAACCAGACUUGAAUAUGCAUGUUCACAAUGUUAGUUCUGCACAGUAAAUACAUCAUGAGUACAUGGCAACAGAAGGUGGAGAGAAGGGGGGGGGGGGGGGGGGAAGGACUUAGGAUGGUUACAGGAAAGACAGUCAUGACCAUCUGAGCUAGAUAUUGUUUGUAGUUGAAGACAACAUCGCAGAACCUUUUUUCCCCAUUCUGGAGCACAGAUCUUUCAUUUUAAACUUUAAAUUUUGCAUAUUUAUAGUAUACUCAUCUGCAAGGAUAAGCAGUUUUUUUUUUUUUUUUUUUUAACAGGAUAAGAACCUGUUCAGCCCAUCACAUCUACCAGAUUAAAGUAUAUAAAGAUAGCUUAAAGCUGUCCUCCCCCCUCUUUAUGCCUGAGUAUGUGUGUUGGUAGGUAAGCUAGUUCUCUAUAGUCAGAAUCACAGCCACAGUUUGCUACAGAGCUGCACAAGGACCGAACUACACCGCAACAGUUCCAGCAGAGGGUGCUAGUGGGGACACCUAAGAAGAAAAAAAGAAAGGACAAGUUGGCAGUGAUCGCAAAGAAACCAAACCAAUCACGGGGCAGAAGACAAGUUACAAAAUAACUAUCUACAAAUUGGUAUUAAAAAGUCAAAUAUUAAAGAUCCUCCUUUUUUAAUAAAUUGCCAGAAAUGUAACUUUGGUUAAGUGUCUUUUCGUGAUAAGACCCUGCAGUUCUGUUGUGCUUGUGCGCACUUGCUCUCCGACAACUCAUGGCAGGGUAGAACGGCACAGGUAACAGGGCGGCAGGGCAAACGGCCGGUGCCGAAGUGGGACGCUGCCUGGACGGACGCGUCGCCGUUCAGAUUCGCCGAGAUCCGCUUCUCCUGUGGAGUGCCAUCUACGCGCAGAAAAACCGCUGCCUCGACCGCUCGUCCAACGAAAAGGUAAUGCACAGUGUUUAGUUCUCCCGCUAACUACAGUGAAGCGCGGGCAGAUCCCUUUAAGGUUUAUCAAAGUUUAAAAAGGAAAAAGUCUUUAAAAUUAACAGUUCAAUAAACUGCAUUGGUCAGAAUAAUCCGAGGCAAGGCUUCGUGAUGGCCUUUUAAAACUGACCGACCGGCACGGUGAUGCCAGUCUGGGGGGGAGGGGCGCACUCCAUAGGGGGUGCUGACCUACUGAAUUACAUGAACUGCACGGCAAAGGCAGGUAGACAUCUCUGACCUCUGUCACGUCCACGUGCCCGCUGUCGGCGACCGCUCGUCCAUGCAGGACCGUAGUGAUCCAGAGCCCAUUCCGGGAGGCAAAGAAUGUAAGGCUGAGUUCCCCCCUGCACUUAACUCCCAUCCAUCACAGCUCUGGAAACACACACUUAACAGGCAUGUACUCUUCAGGGUCUGAUGUACCAGGGAUAUGUUGCUGAGGAGCAGAAGAGCGGCGCACCCACUUCUGCUUCUCUCCGUCUCGGUGGGACUAGAGCUGCAGAGGAAGUUUCUGUAAGCUGCCCCCAAUCCAACCCACCAUUUCCCUUUGUUUCCCAACAAUCCACUCAUUCUGUACACACUGAAAACUCUGGAGCUGCUGAACGUGUAGAUGUUUCGGAUUGUUGGCGUGACCUGGAGCUCGGCAGUUGAACAGGCCCAAUAAGAUCAAGAAUUAAAAAGGUCUAUUUUAAAAACAGUCACUAUUCAGAGAGCCGUUAAAGUGAGCUAGCUGGACAACAACAAUGAAUUCACAUAACCACUCCACAAUCCAACCCAUCACUCUUUUCUCCAGCCUGAAUGCAUAAAGUUUAUAAAAAAAAAAAAAACUCAAACCCACACAUACACACAGGGUGGCCUGUGUUACCGUUAACAGCUGUCCUUUAAAAGGUCCAAAAGGGCUCCCUACUGCGCUCAGAGUCUGCGCUGCUCGACAAGGAGUUGCGUCCCACUUUCUCAAGUCCCAGUGCCAAGGAGAAUUUGCCACAGAGUGUGACACUUGGCUGCCGAAGCCUUUUCUGCAGGAACAGUUUGAUCGCUGUUUUGCUUGAGCUAAGGACUAAUGGUGAACCAACAAUCAACAAAAAAAAAAAAAGGAAAGAAAAAAA